UCGGGCCCAUGGGCGGGACUCUUGAGAGCCGCUCCCGAUCCGGACCUAUAUAAGAAGACCCGCGAGCGGUGUAACGCGAUCCUUUAAACCAUUCUUCUUUGCCUCUUCAACAUGCGCUUGCUCAUUUUGUUGAUGUCCUGCGUGCUGGGCCUGGUCGCGGGCCAAUACGAUCCGCGGUAUGCCACGACGACGCCAGUACCGAUCCUCAAGCAAAUCAACAGGCACAACGAAGACGGAAGUUAUAGUUACGGUUACGAAGCCGCGGACGGUUCGUACAAAAUCGAGUCGAAAUACCCAACGGGCGAGGUGUACGGAAAGUAUGGCUUCGUCGACGACGCCGGCAGCGUUCGAGAGAUCGAGUACGGAGCGUCGAGACGUGGGUUCGAGCCGAGCGGUACAGGGAUCAACGUUCCGCCUGCGACCGUCACCGGGAACAGCAUACCCGGCUCGAACGAGCCCGAAGACGACGGACAGUAUCGAGAGGAUCCGGCGGUUUAUUACACCGAUCCCAAGUACACGAACGGCGAACGUUACGAGCCGGUUUCGAAGCGACGUCAGCAACAGCGUUAUCAGCAGCCUGCGGCUUACAAUUCCCCGAUUCCACGAUAUCCGGAGUACCGUCAGCCACCAGCAGUUCCUCAACCUCAAUAUCGACCGGAAACUCGUCCAGCCCCGGUACCUCCACAGUCUCAAUAUCAAGCGGAAUAUCGCCCUCAGUACAGAGCACCGUUGCAGCCAGAUUACGAGCCCCAACAGUAUCAGCAAGUUGCUCCGACCUCUCAGGCACGAUAUCAGGGACAGCCGGCCUCCGACAUCGAUCUCAACGUUGGCUCUUAUACAGUCAAUUAUAAACGAUGAGUUGCAGACUUGACAAACUGCUCAUUGCAUAUUUAUUCUCAUAAGAUUCGAAACUCUGCCUAAUCAGGUCAAAUGUAACGACGAAUCGACCAAAUAUUUUAUUUUCAAAUGACAAAAACCCGAUACUCCGUUGUCACACGUUUCUCUUCUCCGAAUGGGCAUCAAAGAGUUCUAGCACGUUACUUUUCGAGAAUUUUUGAGUGGAUUAAAAAAGAGGUGAAAGAUCGAAAAUCGUCGAUCUACAGACACACCGAGGACGAGUAGUAAGUCCAAUAUUUGGCCAGGCACGCGUCGAAAAUGAAAAAUAUGUAUUCACUACCUCAAUAAUAAUAAUAAAAAUCGAAAGAAUGAUAAA